CGUGCUUAAAGCUUUGUCCUCGUUAUUUCAAGUGAGCGCUGAGGGGGAGAGGAGAGCGAGCUAGGUGUCUCGUGCGGAUUUCACUGACACAAGGCGCACGGAGGACUUUGCAAUUAAACUGUGCUUAUUUGUACAUAGUUUUUGUCAGAUUUACACAGAAAAGAAAGAGAGAGAGAAAAAGAAGUGCCUGGAGAGAAGGGGGGGAGGAAUAACCUAAACGCAACACGUAUCCGGUGGGAUCUCACUCCUGAGAGAAGCGGCAGGAGUUGGAGCGAAGGGUGCAAGGAAAGCGAAAGGGCGAAAGAAGAAGAAGAAGAAGAGGGGAAAGAUUUGACAUUUCGCUCGUAACAACGCGUUUGAAUUAAUAAAGAGGAAUAAUGAGAAACGUUUGGAUAAUUUUGACCCUCGGGCUGACCGUCUUCCUCUCCGGGGAAAGGAUAGCAGACGCAGCCAAGCCUUCCUCUCAGGCUGAUGACUUGUACCUAGAUGACACAGGAUCAGGAGGUUACUACCCUGAAGAUGAUGAUGACUUUAACUCAGGGUCUGGCUCAGGUGGAGGGGAAGAUGUGGUGGAGGAAACAGUGACUGUCACUAUGGUUUAUAUGGAGCCCAACGCAGCAGAACCCACCCAGGACUCCACCAAAGAUUUCACCCCCAGGGUGGAGACAGCCACGGUCAGGGAAAAGGCCAGGGACAUCACACCCAGGAAACCAUUCAGAACAGAGGCACCAGUGCCAGUUACAGAGGACAUGCCGAGAAACCAGCUUACUAGUACGACUAGUGCUCCCGGCUCACCCCAGGAGGCCAUUGAGGUCCGCACUGAAAACCUCUUCCAGAGGACAGAGGUGUUGGCAGCUGUUAUUGCAGGCGGCGUGAUCGGCUUCCUGUUUGCCAUCUUCCUCAUCCUCCUCCUGGUCUACCGCAUGAGGAAGAAGGAUGAGGGCAGCUAUGAUCUGGGAGAGAGGAAACCCUCCGGCGCAGCCUAUCAGAAGGCCCCAACCAAGGAGUUUUAUGCAUAAAAAAACCCUCCCGUCAUCAGAUCAGCAAAACGGCGAGUGACUGUCGAAAACACAGUCCCCGACAACAGCAAACCUGUUCAAACACGAACAACAAGAAACAACAACAAAACGUUUUCGAGUUGAUUAAGGAAAAUAGCAUAAAGGAAAGCUUUUGCAUAGAGUAUUGUUAUUAAGACCGUUUCUUUCUUUAAAAAAAAAAAAAAAA